UCUUACAUUACCUAUAUUCCCUGCUUCCCUACGUUGGCAAUCAAAUCAUUCGUGGAACCCAAAGCAAGCAACGUCUAGCUAGUAGUAAGCUUGUUCACUCGUUAUUCCCAACAACUACUGCUAAAACUACAGCAUGCUGUCUACUUCUGUACGUGCCAUCUCCCGUGGGUCCCCACUCGUGCAGACUGCGGCUCGUCGUUCGCUGGCGUCGCUCGCGUUAACCCCGAACGAUCCGGUCGUUGUCGUUUCGGGAGUCCGCCUUCCGUUCGCCAUGACGAGUACGAUUUACGAAGACCAACUCGCGGUAGACCUCCAACGUUUGGCUAUUCAAGGUCUCCUGACACAGACGGCGCUUCCCAAAUCUGAAGUCGACUACGUGAUUGCCGGUAACGUCAUUCAAGAGGUCCGCACGUCCAACAUUGCCCGCGAAGCUUCCAUCAACGCCGGAUUACCCCUCCACGUGGGGGCUCACACGAUUGCGCAGGCCUGUAUUUCCGCCAACGCGGCUAUCUGUGCCGGUGCCGAGAAGAUUCUCACCGGACACGCGAGUGUGGUUAUUGCUGGCGGCUGUGAAACGUUCUCGGAUGUUCCGAUUCGUUUAACGAGACCCAUUCGACAAAAACUAAUUACCAUGAACAAGGCCAUGAAGAAGGGUGGAAUGGUGGGCGGCAUUUCGCACCUACUCAAGGGCUUGUCCCUCAAGGAUGUUUCCGUGGAAACGCCGGCGAUUGCGAACUACACCACCGGUGAAGUCAUGGGCGUCAGUUCCGACCGACUCGCCGCGAAAUUCGGCGUUUCCCGUCACGAUCAAGACGCAUUUACCGUACGAUCCCACACGAUGGCUGCCAAAGCGCAUACGGACGGCUUUUACAAGAACGAAGUCGUGCCCUACAAAGGAUCGACGCAAGAAAAUGGUAUUAAGGGAGAUUCUACCAUUGAAUCUGUCGCCAAACUUAAACCUGCCUUCGUCAAGCCGCAUGGGACCCAUACGGCUGCCAACUCCUCCUUUUUGACGGAUGGUGCCGCCGCGACUCUCAUUAUGAGCGAAAGCAAAGCGAAGGAAUUGGGCUACAAGCCGUUGGCGUAUUUGCGCGAUUGGUCAUUCAAAGCCUGCGAUCCGUUUGAAGAGUUGCUGCUCGGACCCACCUAUUGUUCGCAAGAGAUACUGGCCAGAAAUAAGUUGCAAAUGUCCGACAUGGGUGUUUUGGAAAUUCACGAAGCUUUUGCCGGGCAGAUUCUCGCUAACUUGACGGCCAUGGAAUCUCAAACCUUUGCCGACAAAAACUUUGGCGGCAAGAUUGUUGGCAAAGUAGACGUGGAUAAGAUGAACACCAAGGGUGGCUCGUUGGCAUUGGGACAUCCAUUUGGAGCCACGGGAUCUCGACUGGUUUCAACAGCGUCUCGGCGUCUCCAGCACGAGGGAGCGAGGUUCGCCUUGUUGGCCGCUUGCGCCGAUGGCGGAAUGGGACACGCCUGUCUUUUGGAACGUUACGACAACGAUAACUAGCUAACCUCUUGCGUGAAAACGAGCCCCUUACUGUGAGUGAAAAUUGGUGUCGACGCUCUCUGACUGGCUGCCCAAAAGUUUAUGAUGAAAGCGAGUUGUGUUGGGGCAUCCCGGCAGCAGAAGCGUAGCCUCCCUCUACUGAAUGGCUGUUGGAUACUAUAGCUAAUAAUAUGCCGUGGACAUAUCUGU